AUGUCUGAGGUCGGCGUUUCCGAGUUUAAACCAUUACUCGAUGUGAGCGUCGGAUAUGGUGUUGUUGUCGGUGUCGGCUUCUUUUUCGCCGCGCUGAUGCUGGUAUUGACAACGCUGCAAGCGAAGUUUUCCCACUUCUCACCCACAUCGUCCGAAGAAUUUAGCAGUGCCUCAAGAAGCGUCAAACCUGGUCUUGUAUGCUGUGGCAUUGUAAGUGCGUGGACGUGGAGUGCAACUUUGUUGCAGUCGAGCACUGCAGCCUAUACGUUCGGAGUUAGCGGACCAUGGUGGUAUGGCGUAGGUGGCACGAUUCAACUCGCUUUCUUCGCAAUGGUCGCUGCCAAGGUCAAAAUGAAUGCGAAUGGAGCUCACACUUUCCUUGAAAUUGCGAAAACACGAUUCGGAACGGCUGUCCAUCUCCUGUUCACAUUUUACGCGUUCUUGUGUAUCUUGGUUGUUUGCGGAUCUCUUCUUCUGGGAGGCGCUGCAACCGUGAACGCGCUCACCGGCAUGAAUAUCAUCGCCGCGUGUUUCCUCCUUCCAGUGGGAAUUGCAGUAUAUGUUAUCUUUGGGGGCCUUCGCGCUACCUUCAUCUGCGACUGGGCACAUACAUUGGUCCUAUUCAUCGCAAUUUACAUCUUCGUGGGCCACGUUUAUGGAACCUCUCCUGCAACUGGAAGCGUCGGCUCCCUGUAUGACCUGCUGGUACAAGCUGGUAUUGAUGCACCUGUGGAAGGUAACCAGGACGGCAGUUAUCUCACGAUGAAGUCGAACCAAGGACUGGUAUUUGGGGCAGCAACUAUUCUAUCCGGAUUCGCCGGGGUGUUCUGUGACCAAGGUUACUGGCAGCGUGCGAUCGCAAGCGCUCCUCAAUCUACAACUAAAGCCUACAUGCUUGGCGGCCUCUCGUGGUUCGCGGUUCCCUGGGCAUUCGCAUCCUGCCUUGGACUGGCCGCGCGUGCUCUCCUCAAUAACCCAAAAUUCCCGACGUACCCAAACCCGCUAUCAGCUGGCCAGGCAGGUGCAGGUCUCGCUGCGCCCGCUGCGGCUGCCGUCGUCAUGGGCAAGGGCGGUGCCGUGGCCAUUUUGCUCGUCGUCUUUAUGGCCGUUACCUCUGCGGUCAGUGCAGAGCUCAUCGGAGUAUCGAGUCUCUUUACCUAUGACUUGUACCGGACCUACUACCGCCCUCGUGCAACCAGCGCGGAGAUCGUUCGUGUCUCCCACUAUUUCAUCUGCGUCUGGGCCAUCUGGGCCGGUGCUUGGGCAACCAUCCUCAACGCUGCGAAUAUUAACCUCGGCUGGCUUUUCUAUGUACAAGGCGUCGUCCUCAGUCCUGCCGUCAUCCCGAUCGCGCUGACAGUAACCUGGUCGAAGCUCUCGCGCGCCGGCGUGUUGUGCGGGUCCGUCAUCGGCGCCGUCCUCGGGAUGCUCGCGUGGAUGAUCGGCUGCUGGAAGAUCUUCGGGGCUAUCAAUGUGUCCAACCUAGCCGAGCCGUACUCCGCUGUGUGCAGCGGGCUGACGGGCCUCCUGUUUUCGGGACUCAUCACGGUGUUCGUGUCGCUUGCGAAGCCGGCGAACUACGACUUUGCUGGGACUCGGGCUAUCAGGACCUACGACGACAUGGAGGCGGAGCCUGUCCACGACGGCACCUCCCCACCAGGGGACGAGAAGAAGGAUGCAGACGCGGACGUCGUGGAUGACGUGCGUGUGGUGAGAUCCGGCGACCCAGAUGGAGGGAAAGAGGUCGUCAGCCAGGCAGAGCUCAAACGCGCCUUCCGAAGGGCGGCGUGGUACUCCCUCGCGCUCACCUUGAUCGUCGCUAUCAUCGUGCCGCUCCCGAUGUUUUUCUCGCACUACGUCUUCAGCAAGCCGUUCUAUCGGUUUUGGGUCGCCUGCACGAUCAUCUGGGUCGCGAUGAGCGGGAUCUUUUGCAUCAUCCUCCCUAUCUGGGAAUCGAGAGCCGAGAUCGCGGUCAUCCUGAGCGGGGUGUCCAGGAUGUUGCUAAGGAGGCCGACGAAACGCGACGUCUAG